AUGAUUGUUCUAGGAUGCCGAAUAUUGCGCGCACAGUUGGCGGCUCAUUUAGAUCCUGAUAACUUGAUAUGGGCCGCAGAAAUGAUGCAGAUGUCGGAACAACGCGCUAUGUUGGACUGUGAUGUAAAUGAAGCGCUCCGUGCGGCUGACUUGUCCCUGGUGGCGCCCAUACCACCUUCGCCGGGACUACUGCAAGUCUUUCUCCAGGCUAUCAACGAUGCACUUCCUGAGUGCGGCGCGUGCGUGGCGGGCGCGGCGCGGCUGUGCGUGCGGUCGCGCGCGGCGGCGGCGGCGGCCGCGCCCACCUUCGCGGCGCUGCUGGCGGCCCACGACCAGUCGCUGCCCGUGCGCGUCAACGCGCUCGUCGCGCUCAGCGAUAUAUGCGCCAGGUACACGUGUAUAGUAGAGCCACUACUUGGUACUAUGUGUGAUUGCCUAUCCAAGGAGUCACCAGUGCAGUUACGUCGGCGAGCAGCUCGUGAACUUACUCGCCUUUUAUUGGGCGAAUAUUUACGUCUCCGUACACCUUUAUACUAUAGAUAUUGCGCUUUGUUAGCGGACGCAGACGAUGACGUACGUGAACCAGCCGAGUACUACGUGUCCUGUGGCCUUACUGCCGACACCAUUUACCAUCACUUUGUUGAUUGCCUCCUACAUUACAACCACGAUGACAAAGAUGGUAUCAAUUUUGACUCCCGUCAGCUGAUCUAUGACGUGAUGCUGCAGCGUUUGUCCAUGGUACAGAGACUUAACAUCCAAUGUCGGCUGGCGCGCGAUGUAUUGGAACAUGCCGUGGACCUCAUGGAUGAAGACGAUGAACUGUCUCCCGCAAUGAAUGCAGCUCUUCUUGAUACUACAACACUGCUCUGCGGACCCAGGCUGAAACUGCCCAAAAAGCCACAAAAAGCUAGCAAUAACUUAGAGGAGUUACAGGAAAGAGUUACUACUAACAUCGUGUCUCGGAAAAUGAAGAUGACAGUCGCAGAGGUAUUAGUGCCUGCAGUGAUAAAGUUAUACUCACGUAUGAAACCGCGCGGAGGCCAAUUAACAACAUAUCUUUUACAACUAUCUACUGAUCUCGUAAAAGACUAUGAAUCUGAGAUCGAGGAGGUGCUCGAAGACGACAGUGAGCUGAUGAAGCAAGUAAAGUGGUUCCAGGAGUCCAUCGGCAUGGAGCCCCGGCUGGGCAACGUGCGCAACCUGGUAACGCGCAGCGCGCCGCCCGAGCCCGACACGCCGCGCUCGUCGCGCCGCCGCGCGCGCCCGCCGCGCACCGCGCACUCGCCGCGCAAGCGUGCGCUGCGCGUCUAG